AUGGAGACCGCAGAAAGAGUAGACUCUGACUUCACAGCCAGAGAUGAGACGGAUAUGCAGAGUCUCUUCGACACCUGCUACGGCCUCGGUGAGUACCACAAGGUCGAAGGAAACAAGAAUCUGAAAUACCUCAUUCGUCAGCGAGACGAGUGCCUAACUUCCUUGCAAGACCUGGAGAAAGCAGUUUCUGAGACGGAUGCGGGCUGUGUCCGUGCCAAGCUGGGGGAAUGGCAGGUCUUGCCAAGGAAGAUCGUCCCUUUGCUAACUUCCUACAUCGAGGACUCGGAAAUAGCUUCCCAUGCGCUGAAGCUGAUGGUCCUUCUCACAAUGCGGGUAGGCGUCUACGGCCCCCCUCCUAGAGACCGCAUUAUGCUUCAAGAGCAAGAGCGUGAACAGCUUGCCCAUUUGCAGGAGUACAAGGAGUCGUUCACGAACCCGACCAUCUUCAGCAUGAUCGUUCGACUGCUGGUAGGAGCUCUAGAUGGAGAGGUCGGCUCGCACCUCUUCAAGGAUGUCCUGUUCCUGCUGCGAAAUCUCGUGUCUGUCCCGGAUCCAGGUCCGGGGGACACCGGCUACACGCCCCUCAGAGGAAGGAUGCAGAUGACCUUCAUUCGCAACUUUUGCGAAGAAGGCGUGCUGGACUUCUUCAUGCUCCUGGGAAAUGAACUUGUUCAGCAGCAGCAAGAAGACACUCAGCAGGUUUGGGCGCUUGCGGACAUCCUUUAUCAUGUAUGCACCCACUUCGAUCCAGAUUCGAAAAUUUCCAGCCUCACCUCGUGGCUCGCUGGCCUCAGGGGCGGGUGCCCAAUGCUUGCCUUGGGUUCGCUCCGCCGGUCCAGGUUUUCGCGGUUGAAAACUCUGAGGACUUGCGCCACGAACGGAGAAGCCUCCAGUGAGAUCGAAGUUUGGAGCUUCAAUCUUCGAACUGAGAAGGUAAAGGAGGAGGACCCUCUCAAUGCUUGGCCGGAAAGGCGCCAAGGAGUCGCAAGUCUAAUUGCGAAAUACAGACCUGCUGUAGUAUGUGUGCAAGAAGCGACGGUCGCAAUGCUGCACGAUAUUUGCUUGCAUCUGGAUGGCAAAUACGAGUGGAAGGCCACAUCGCGGUUACCAGACGAGCCCGACGAGUCAGCUGGUUUUAUCAUUGAUACAGGUCGUGCCAAAAUUCUGGACUACUCGGUCUUCUGGUUGUCAUCUCCGGGUGCCCCUGAUGGCAUCCCAAGUUGGGACGCCCGGUUCCCGCGCACCUGUGAGGCUGUCUUGCUCGACAUCCUGGGGUCUGGUGGGCUGAUACGAAUCUUGAACACUCACUUUGAUCAUCAAGGUUCCACUGCCCGUCUGGAGUCAGCCCGUAUGAUUUCUGACUCCAUUGCACGCUUUUCGCGGAGAAUGCCUGCCUGUGCCCAGAUUCUGUGUGGCGAUUUUAACUCACCGAAGUCCAGUGAGCCAUACGCUGUUCUGGUGGGGAAUCUUGGCCCAACCACUACAGCAGCUCGCCCUCUGAAAGAUGCGUUCCGAUGCGACGGUGUGGUGGAUACCGGUGGCGUGCAGAGCACGAUCCACAAGUGGCAGGGCGUAUCGUUUGCCGAGGAUCGAGGGGACGGCACGGUUGAUUUGUCACAGGGCGAGGGCUAUGACAGCCGCCACAUUGAUUGGAUUCUCUUCCUGGAUGGAUUACCAGAAAAUACAGGCUGCACGAGAUUACAACCUCUACAGAGCAAGGUAAUCACCGAUUCCAUGGCAAGUGGCCGGUAUCCUUCUGACCAUUUUCCGGUCAGCACAACGUUUCGAAUAGCGAUCCAUGUAGAAUUGCUGACAAGCAACAAGGAUCGAAACAAGCCAAAAAGCGACUUGGCCGACCUCUUGGCUCGGGACAAGGCAGACCAGAAGCUCAUGGCGCCGCCGUCUUCCAGGCACAGCCGCUUCGGAACGUCAAUGGCGACAAUGUCUCGUGACGGCUCCAUGCUGUUGUCGUCGUCCGUGCAGCACAACGGCAUCAUGCAGAAGAGCGGCGCGCUUCUGAAGAAAGAGUUCCGCAAUCCUGAAGCGAACGGGAAGAAGACCAACAUGUUCCACAGUCUGUUUUUCGUGGAUCUUUGUGAAGGGUCUGUUCGGGAGUACAACCAGGUCAAUCCACAUGUGCGGGGAGUUCUAGACGACCGCAUGUACCACCCGCUCAAGAUCCUUCAAGGUUAUCGCACCUUCUUCGAGAAGUUUUGCUCGGCUUCCUUUAGUUCACUCGUGAGCAUCAUGCGGAGCAGCUGCAAAGUCAAACCUGACAGCCAACGAGAAGACACUUCAGAAUUCGACAUGCCACACCUGCUGAACUUCGUUUGCUGGUUCCUGGAGUUCCACCGUGGCCAGCACGCAAUACAGGUCAAGGAGGCGGAGAAGACGAGCUCAACGCCCCCUGACAUGGACAUAGCUGUCAUCCAGGGGGCGAUUGAUCUGGAUAUGAUCCAGUUUACUACAGCUCGGCUUCGUGACUACGGCAAGAACGCCGCAAUUCACUCUUCUUUCCUGGUCAUCGUUCUCCGGGUGCUGGCAGCACAAAUCCAGACGAUCAAGGUCAUAACCGGGUGCGAGGGCUCUGACACGCGAGACUGCGGAGACCUCUUGGUGACUCACGCCGUCAAGGAGGAUGUCUUGGGAAACCUCGCAUGGGUCAUGAAGAACUUCAACUCCGCAGUGCAUGAUCCUCGCAUUCUCUCCUACUCAGUGGAGGUCUGGCACAAUCUAACAACGAUGAUGAAGACACGGGGUGGCGACAGGGGUGAAGAGGCUGAGUUCCAGGUUGAGCGGGUUCGUGGAGUGCACAUGACGCGUUCCAGCACAUCGGUGGAGAAGGAGAUCACAGGCAUCGCUGACUCGAGAGUCGUGCAAAACCUCUUCCACCUGUUGGAGAAGUACAAGCGACAUACACCGACACUCCAGUCCAUGCUCGUCAAGCUGAUCCACAGCAUCAUGGACGCACAGCCCACGAACAUCGUCUUGUUUUUCGAGGUCUCCUACUUCCAGCGCAUUCAGAGAAUCAUGACGGACCCACUGCUGAUCAGCACGAAGAAUGCAGAGAAGUACAAAGACCUUCUGGGCUUGCUCCGCUUCAUCCUGCGCGAGUUUUUCAAAUGUGCCGCAACCAACAAGUGCGCCUUUGCGGAACUGUUCUUCCCCAAAAUACAGGAAAGCCAGAGAGAGCAAGUGGAGUCCUGUGCCGUUGAGUUCGGUGCUAUAUUGACGAAUUACGAACAAGAAGCGUAUCGACGAAUCUUGGACAGGAUGGAUGCUGGAGAUACGCUGACAGCCAUGAAGAAGCAGCGUGCCGAUGUGAUGAAGGGGCAGGGCUGGACGGAGGAGGAGGACGCCAUCUUGCGGCGGUGCUACCCUGCGUAUGCUGAGCAUCCGCUUUGUGCAGAAGUGUUGGUCGCCGAGCUGCCAGAAGACAACUGCCGAACGGCUCUGCAGGUCCGUCGUCGCCUGAUUGAGCUGGGGCUGAUGCCAGCGAAAGGGGCUGGCCGGGGUGCUGCGGGCGAGGCUUCUAAGGACGAGCCAGCAGUAAAGAAGGCCAAGGUUGACGCUGAUGUGGACAAGCCAGACCCAGCUGCCACAGGCAAGCCAGCAGCGCAGGCCUCUUCCGGUAAAGGUGCAACGGCUGAGACCGAACAGGACGAGGAAAUGCUGGAAGAAGACUUGGAAAGGCUGCUAGAUGCAGCCUACGACAGUUUGCCAACUGAGUUGGACGUGCCCACUGCAGCACCUGCGUCCGCGCGAACGACAACUGCGCCCACUGCCAUGGACAAGGCCGCGAGCGCAGCUGCGACGGCCCGCGACGAGGCCUCAGCGAGCGUUGCUCCCACGGCCGACGAGGCAUCGAGCACUGCAGACGUCAAGGCAUCGGCUGCACCGGCUGCUCCCACAGCCAUGGAUGAG